AUGGUGAUAACUGCUCCUCUACAUCCCGUUUUUUCAGCAAGGGAGGUCACAGCGUCCGGCGAUGGACGCGUCUUCAAGCGGCAACAACCACAACGGCAUGGUGGCCGACUCCGCCGGUCUUCAUCUCCAACCACAACGAAGUGGCGGCAUCGAAUCUUGACUCAGUGGCAACACUGGAAAAUAGGAGAAUGGAAGAUGGCGGAUGGUGUUGACGUUGGAAGUGAAGAAGGAGUCCCUGAGUAUCGAAAUGGGAACUUUGACCUUUUUUUCUUGUUUAAUUUUCAUGUAAAAAGGGUUUCUGCUUUUCUCCCCCGAUUAAUCUCCGGUGAUCUAUCCGUCCAGCGUACCGACUUACUAUCGACGGAAGCUGAUUUUCCAAAGACCAGCGUCGUGAAGUCAUACAUUUUUCGCCGACUUUGUGGUCAGGAGCUUUUGAAUAACUAG